AUGGCCUUCAAUCCGAUUUCUAUGGAUGACGAUGGUGCCAUGGCGUUUGGUGGCGCGCGGCGCGGCGACGGCAUGGAUGCCUACACCGCCCCUGAAGGCGGCGAAGGCCGUGCCUCCAUCGGUGGCGUUACCAUCAUCGACCCCAUGAUGACAGCGGGGGAGGUCAUUCGAAGAUGUAAGCUGCAGUACUACUUUGAAUUCUCAUGGCAGGUGCCAUUCCCACAGGUGCCUGCCGCCCCGCUGUUGUACUUCCCAGAGGCGUUCGGUGAGCUGCUCAACGACCCCACGCCGUUGGGCGUAAUGCAGGCGGAGUUGGAUGCCAUGUCGGAGGGUGUGCUGGAGCGCAUUCCACUAGCGUACCACCUACUACACCCGGAGGUGGUGGAGGAGACGCGCCAACGCGCAAUGAAGUGCGAGCAGCUUGUCGAAGAGAUGCAGCAGCAGGCGCUCGCGGCGGGGUUGCCGGAGAGGUUGACGUGGCGCCCAGAGGAGGUGAACCCACACCUUGAGCCGGCCGACGCGGAGCUGCUGGACACCGACAUUGAUCUCCAUAUGGUCCUUGAGCGCGACAAACCAUCACUUACGCUGCUGCAGCGUCCUUUGUACACCGAUAUGGGGUUGGUGCCGCAGGAGCAGCGGCAUUUGGAGCGUCUCGCCCGCAUCGUCCCUGACGUGCUGCGAAGCCAGGUGCAGUCGUCGUCUUCACAGAAGCCGCAACAGAUGGGGGAGCUGCUUAGUCUUCCAGGACAGCUUGGUACGCCUAUUCACGCAACAGAAGACUCAACACAAGCAACCUUUAGCCGCGGGCAGCAAGGAGACGAGGCCUCAAAGCGGUGGCUGGAUGGCGUUCGUAAGUCUUUCCGUUUUGCCCGCACGCUCGACAGUCACUAUGAGAAGCUUCUUGAAACUUUGGCACGAACGAAGCUUGGGUUAGACAGCAAAAAUCAAGCGGCAAUUAAGCUUACACGCCGCCUAUGGCACCUGCUGUUUGAUGGUACGAAGAAAAAUCAACAACGUGACGUGUGGCACCAGCUGUGUCGAUUUUCUUCCAACUACGAUGGUCGUCCCGAAGCCGCCGACUAUUUGGAGCGUGCCAUAACGUCUCUCAAUUUACCUAACAGCAAGAUGUGGCCCGAACUGCUACAGGAGUACACUGAGCUGCUCAAAGAGUACACAUCAGGCCUCCAGGGAGGGGCUGACAAACGCAAGGAGCAGCUACAGAUCAGCGGAAAGGAGCUAGACCCGUUCGAGCAGGGCGCCUUCGAGCCAGACCUGCAGCCUGGUCCAAUGCUGCGCCGUGUGGGCAAAGAGCUUGGCUCCAAUCGCCAGCCGGCGCCAAUCUUUCCCGUGGAGGUGGCACCGCUGUACCCCGCUGGCUGCGACAUCGCCGCGGCGGCAAUGACGGCGGGGAGCGAUGGCGAUGCGGCACAACUGGGCGAGUUGGCAUCAGAGCUGCACCACGUGGUGCUACCCGGCGCUGUGGUAAGCGAGGUGUCUAGGGUCAGUGGGCCCCACGCGCUGGUGAACAACACCAACCUGCUUGUCUCUGAUAAGCUGAGCGGCCGUCACCUUAGCGAUGGUGUAACCGUCAGCUACCACACCUCGCGUGAGAACACAUUUGAGCCGCUCGUCUCGGAUGAGAACAACACGAGCAGCUAUCUCUUUCAGUUGCGCAACGCGCAGCAGGACAACACAGAGAAGAGCGCCGCGCCCGCAGGCCUUGCCAAUGCCGAUGGACGGCACGUGAUGUACCGCCGCCUCGGCAUCCGUAAUUUGUUCGUCAAGGCACCAAAUGCGGAGGCGCCACCUUACGAGCGCUACGUGCUGAUGUUCAACGAGGAGGGGGAGCACAAGCGGCACCGCGAGUCCCAGAGCGAUGCGGAGGAGCCUCGGGCCGUCAUGCAGCGGGUUGAGUAA